AUCCCGUCUGCUGCUCCGAACCUGCAAAUCCUCCCACAACCUUUUAGCUCUACACAAUUCUGUCGCCGUCUCGAUCAACUUGGGCCUGCUUUGCGUCCUUGUAUUCCCCCAAACACACUCCUCCAAAAAUUUUUCGAAACGAACGCGUUCGCCGCACCACUGACCGUCGACCUUUCCCUCGAUUUGUCUUUCAUCUGAUCUGCUGGACUCGGCCUUGUCUUUCCCGUCUCAACGAGCUAUCCUUUCUUCCAUAAUGCCUACGCCACUUCCCUCUAGUUUUGCCUCAGCCGCCGCGGGCAACAUCCACGACUCUCCCAACCGCAGAGGAGAUGGAGCUCCCGGUGGAGAAUGGUCUCGCACUCGCAUGAACGGAGCAACACAGACCUUCCGCCGCCCCUCAGUCGCGACGAACCCGUCGCAUAACCGGGAUACGAGUCAACCGACCUCGACCACCACUCCCACCGUCGGCACCUACACCCCCCCGCAUAUGUCCUCGAACUACCAGUCCAGCGCACUCCGGAACGGUGCCACCACGGAAACCCGUUAUUCCAAGGACUUGCUGCUAAAUCUCUAUAAGAACCAACGGGACACCGGCUCGCUGGGGAAGAAUGUCGCAGAAUACUUCGUUGCCGACUGGAAUCCCCACUCCUCCGAGACCUCCCCCGUCAAUGGGGCAUGGGGCAAGCGCGAAGAUUCCAAGGACAAUCCGUCCGGUCCGGAGGUCUGCUGGGAUCAUGGGGGCCAUGUAGAGCCGCUGGGUCUUGUGGAACCGACGGACGAUGAGAAAGAGUUGUUUACUUCUUCCGUCAACUCUCCGCUCAAGCCGCCACCCACGAACGCCUCGAAAGAGAACACCGCUACCGGCGCGGGCGGUCGCAAGCUGUCCAUUUCUCAGGGUCAUAUGAACAACUACAACACCUCCUCCCCCAGCGCUGGACGUCCAGGUCCUCGGCGUCGGGAGACGGCCGAUUCGCCCGCGAAUCCAAUGUCUCCUACCACCAGUGGCUCUCGCUUCUUCCGUGACGAACCGACCACGUCCACCCCGCCACCCUCUCUGCUGCGCCGCAAGACCGACUUCCGCGACACUUCCUCUUCCACUGCUCGGUGGGAGGAAAAGGAAAAGGAGAAUCUGGGUAAGGAGCCUGGUGCAGAUGUCGCUUCUCCGUUUGGCUCGCUGAAGCGGAGCUCCACCAAUCCGUUGAACGUGGCGCCAGGUGGGCCAAGCUCGCCUUGGGCGGCCGCCUCGCAAAAUGCCAAUAAUUCCCCGAUGGGUACGUUCGGAGCCUUUUCUCUGGGAACGGGAACGAGCACCACCCCCACGACGGAGAAGAAGGCUGGGUUCGGCAGUCUCCGUGGAGAAAGUCGCCUAAAGGGACUCUUCUCCAAGGAUAGCUCCGAGGACAUGGCGGCCGCGGCUCUCAAGGAGAAAUCGUCUCUUAGCAGCCUGGAGCGCUUUGCUGAUGUGGAGGGUGAUAAGCGCGCGCAGUCCCCCUGGGGCGAGCCUGUCAAGACCCGCACUGGUCGCAGUGAGACGAACCCAUUCCAGGAGGAGCUUCGCAGUGGCAGCGCGGCGCUUGGGGGCUCUCAGGAAAUCAAUCCCCAGCCCCAGCCCCCCUCCGACCAUCUGGGCUUUGCGGCGUUUGGCAUGACCUCGAGCAUCCCCGGAUUCCGGGAACUAAUGCAGAGCCACGAAAAUUCCCGGAACCCUACCCCGAGUCUUCUGCAAGGACACGAGCCUACCAGCCCGACCAAUACGAACCCCUACCAGAGUCCCCACGGCGACCGACACGAGGUGGAUGAUGUCGAAACCGACGGAUCCGAUAUUCAAAACACCACCCACCCCGGUAUCACUGGCCUGCGGGAUACCUCCUCCGCUUUCGGCUCCAUCCGACGUGUCGGCUCGGGCAUGGACUUGCCGUCCAUUGACCGCAGCCAAACCUCGAGUGCAGCUGGAAACCGCAGCUUUUCAAGCUUGGGCGGCCUAGGUGGCCUUCCCCCCAUUGGCGGCGCUGCUGGAUGGCCUACGAGCGCUGCCGUUGGCACCCCCACGCGCGAACGCUCGGCGUUUGCGGGCGGCUUCGGUGACCCGAUCUUCGGGACCAUGGGCGACCUGCAGUCUCCAAGCUUGUCGACGCUGGGAGGAAGCGGCCUGUUCAGCCCCCAUGCUGGGAUCACUGGAACGGGCAGCCUUGGUCGCUCGAGCAAACUAGGCUCGCUCUUCCCCCCUGCUAUGCAAGAGCAGAUGCAGGGUGACCAGAUCCGGCCCGAUCUCGGGGCUUUGGACGAGGUUGCCCGGCAAUCUGGGGAGAUCUUCGACGGACUUUUGGCGGAUCAGGGCCCACUGACGCACGGAGCAGAACUACAGCCUAUCGAUAAGACUGUGCAGGGCGGCCAGCCAGUCACCACUUCGACCUCUCAGACUCCUGUGUCUGCCGUCGGCUCUGGUCCUGGCUCCAUGGUUCCCGAUGCGCCGCAACCCAGCCAGACCCCCGGAAAUUCUGGGUCUGUUCCCCCAGCCCAGCAACGGACCAUGGUGAUGCCUGACCGCAUGCGCUGGAUCUACCGUGACCCGCAGGGUAACAUCCAAGGCCCAUGGACAGGACUGGAGAUGCAUGACUGGUUCAAGGCCGGAUUCUUCAGCCCCGAUCUGCAGAUCAAGAAGCUCGAGGACCCCGAAUUCGAGCCGUUAGCCCAGCUGGUUCGUCGCAUCGGCAACUCUCGCGAACCGUUCUUGGUGCCUCAAAUCGGCAUUCCUCACGGCCCUGACCCUGCCCCCGGACCCUGGACUGGCAACACGAGUGGCACGGCUCAGCCUCCCUUCCCUGGCAGCUUCCCCAGCUUUGGCACCACCCUGACCGCCGAGCAGCAGAACGCUUUGGAACGUCGCAAGCAGGAGGAGCAGUACCUGAUGGCCCGUCAGAAAGAACACCUGGCUCAGCAGCAGGCUCUGAUGAAGCAGAUGCAAUUCCAGGGCGUUCCCCACUCCAUCCACCCGCAUCAGCUUCAGCACCAUUCCAGUGCUCAUAGCCUCCACAGCCAGCCUAGCUUUGGUAGCAUCGCUUCUCCGGUUGGCUUCCAGCCCUCCCCGAUCCAGGCGCCGAUGCAGCAGCAGCAGCAGCAGCAGCAGCAGUCCCAGCAGUCCCAGCAGCAACCUCCGUCCGUUGCCGGCUUCUUUGACGCGGCUGCCGCCAUGCGAGGCAACCCUCUGCCCCCCGUGGGUCCUCAGAUGCUAGGCACGGAUCUGGGUCAGGAUCAACUUCCUACUCUUCUGGACCGCUUGAACAUCAAUCGGCCGGAUCCGUUUGCCUUUGGUACCCCCGGCUCUUUCGCUGCUCGCCAACCGGACAGCCUGUUCCACCAGCAGCAGGUAGCUUCGAUGCUCCAAGAUCGGGCCCGUCUGCAGCAGGAGCAGGAGCAGUUCGAUAGUACCCAGGGUGAUACUCUCUUCGACCAACAGGCACGAGAGGAGCGCCUUCGUCAGUUCCAUGCCUUGAGGGUACAGGAAGCCGAACUCGGUAUGCAGACUGUCGAGGGUCUUCCCACGCACCCGGCCGAGUCCGUCCAAUCUCAGAUUCCCGAGGAGACUACAGAGUUCGAUACCGUUGAAGCCGCCCCCCAGGAGCCCCCUCUCACUCUGUCGCAGCAAGUCCAGAAGGCUGCUACCGCUCAACGCCAGCAGCUGGAGCAGCAGGAGCAGCAGGAACAGCAGCAACGCGAGCAGCAGCAACUGGAGCAGCCGCAGGCGGGCUCCGUCACUGAGGCCGCUUGGAUGAGCACGGGCGAUAGCGCCAUGCCCCAGCCCUUCCCUCCCCCGCCUUCUGCCUCGCCUCUGCCGGCUCCUGCAGCUCAGCGCAACCGCCAGAACGUGGCCGAAUCUCUGGCUGCCAACUCUCGCUCUCAGACGCAGACCCCGGUCGAGGCGCCCACCACCUCCAUUGCGCCGUGGGCCAAGGAAGCCAACGAGGUCCCCAAGGGUCCUUCUCUGAAGGAGAUCCAGGAGGCUGAAGCUCGAAACGCCGCUCAGAAGGAGGAGAUCGCCGCCGCCGCCCGUCGUGCUCAGAUGCUUGCGGAGCAGGAGCGCCUCAGCCAGGCGGCUCAGGUGCAAGCGCCUGGCCUGCCGUCGACUGCCAACUGGGCGAGCGCCGGAUCUCCGUCCACCCCGACUUCCUCGGGUUCCGUCUGGAGCAACAAGGGCCCCACCGCUCCAUUGGCUGCUGCCAAGAAGACUUUGGCUCAGAUCCAGAAGGAAGAAGAGGCUCGUAAGCAGCGUCUUGCCACUGCGGCCGCUGCGGCGCAGAGUGCUGCUGCCAGCCCCCCUACUGCUCCUGCGUCUACUGGUAAGCGUUACGCCGAUCUGGCCAGCAAGGCUCCCGCGCCGUCUCCUGUGAACACGGCUGCCUCGGGCGCAUGGACCACUGUCGGUGCCGGCGGCAAGGCCAAGGCUCCUCCUGCUGCUCCCUCGGGACCGCGCGCGACCACCGGCGUUGUGCCUGUGGCCGUCUCGCCGGUGAAGCCGAAGCCCGCCACGGUUGCCACUCCUCGCACUGUCUCGGUGGGCCCUACCCCGGCCACCAACCCUAACCGAGCGGUUGAAGAGUUCACCAAGUGGGCCAAGUUGGCGCUGGGCAAGGGCUUGAACAGCAACAUCAAUGUGGACGACUUUGUUCAGCAGCUGCUGUUCCUGCCGGCGGAGGCGGAGAUCAUCUCGGAUUCGGUGUAUGCCAACUCGCAGACUCUGGAUGGCCGGCGGUUCGCGGAGGAAUUUAUCCGGCGGCGCAAGCUGGCGGACAAGGGGAUCGUGGACCCGGUGGCGGCGAGUGCGUUUGCGGAGCAGAAGAACGCGGGCGGGUGGAGCGAGGUGGCCAAGAAGGGGUCGUCGAAUGCGCACCGGGAGGAGGAUGCCAGCAAUGCGGCGUUCAAGGUGGUUGCUCCGCGGAAGAAGGGCAAGCGGUAGGUUCGUAUGGAUGGUGUAUCUUAUCAGGAUCUAUCCCGCAUAGAUAGAUAGUAUGUAGAUCGAUCGGAAACCUAUCAACUGCGAGUGUCUACGCCGUAUUUAUCUAUCAUGUGACCGGAUCGGAUCCGCCCACGCCCUUCG